AUGGGCAGCGCUGUGGAGCAGCUGCCGGUGUAUGUUGCUGACUUGGACGAACCAUGUCUGCUGGGACUCGACUACCUGAUGCAGAGCAAGGCUUAUGUUGACCUUGGACGGAAGCUGGUGAGGGUGCGUGGCCAAGAAGUGCCCUUGCUUCUGGAGGUCAGCUGUGCAGAGGUAGUUGUGGCUGAGAGAGUGCACCUUGCCCCUAGGACAGAGGCCAGAGUCCGGUGUCGACUGUCCAGAGCAAUGCAUGGAUCGGAAGGCAUUGUGGAACCCACAGAAAAUCUGCAACUGGCUGAUGGCGUGGCAUUGGGCACUUGUGAGGAAGUGGAGCAUCCUGAGGAGACGUCUGGGAGCGCAGAGGUGGCUGCUGUGAGGCCACUGCCCGACUUCUUGGAGGAUUUGGCUCACUGGAGUGCCACUAACCUGAUGGAGGUGCAGAUGGAGAAGGUGCACCACACCCUGGCUCAGUAUGCGGACGUCUUUAGCAGGGGUGACAUGGACCUGGACCGCACAGGGUUGGUGAAGCACAUCAUCAACACAGGAAGUAGUGCGCCCAUCAAGAGCCCGCCCCACCGUAUCACACCAGCCAGGCGAGAGGAGAUGCAGCACACUAUCAAUGAGCUGGCAGUGCAGGGGCUGAUUGAGCAGUCGGAGUCUGUGGUCAUCAGCAGUAGUCCUGGUUAA